CUCUACGCAGAGGUGGAAGCGAAAUUUGCAAACAAGCGCUAUAUUGGAUCCCAUCAGGACCUCGCAGUAGAGGCAGGCUCAGAAGCUCAUGACGGCGCAGCAUCAGCAAGGAAAUAAAGGAAGUCGACAGAAAUUUGAUCUGGCCACAAGUCAGGGUGAUGGCUGGCAAUCGUCCAGGAUGGAGAUCUUUCAAUUCGGCCCUCUGCACCACCGUGGGUGCUCAGGACUGAAAGUAAGUACCUAAGUAUAAUUCAUUCAAGCCUAACUUUUAUAAUUGAGUCACCCUAUUGCUAUUCGACAAUCAUUGUAUUUAUAGUUGACCUAGAAUCUGUAUAUGAAUACCAGAUUCCCGCAAAGAAAUGCUAGCGCUGACGUGCUCAGUAUUUAGGCGAUUUUACAGUUUGAUUGGUAGAUUUCGCUUCACUCUUUGCGGAACUCUAUUAUAAACAGACUCUUAAUUGACCAUUAAUGCGGACGUAGUGUGUCGGAAUUCAACGCGUGAAGAGUCGCAGUAUCAGUCCAGACGUCCAUCAUAUUACUGGUUCAAUAAAGUAUUCCAAAUGAACAAAGUCGUGAUAAUGCUGUUUUUCACCAAUGCACUUUGCUGCAUAAAAUCUUUAGUUGUACAACCAGAUCCGCAGUCAAAUUAUUUCAACAUUAUCAAUUUUCAUUGGCCACAGGAUGCUGCAGCGAUAGGGAAUUUGUCUAAUUAUGAACAAAUCCAUUUUAUAAACAUCAGUGCAGAUAUUGUUUCUCGUAGUAUCACGAACCAAUUGGAAAAAUGUGCUUGGCUGAAGUUAUCGAAUGGAUUAGUUGGAACUUUUUACAUAAAUACAUUAUUUUCCAUGAUUUUUAUUAGUAAUACGAAUACCGAGCACGUGAUAAUUGAGAAUGAACAGGAUUAUAAACUAGAAUCGUUGAUUAUCAGAAGAACCAAACUGACACGAGUGCCGAAGAGAAUUAACCAGCUGAAAUACAUAGAAUACUUAGAAAUUACAGGCAACUCGAUAGAAUUUGUUUCACUAGAUGAUUUCAAUGGAUUGAACAAUUUAUACACACUGGAUUUGUCAAAUAAUAAUAUCAAGUACAUACACAGUACGGCGGUUAGUUUACCAAAGCUCUCUCUUUUCAAAAUGAUUAAAAAUAAUUUAUACCAACUUGACGUAUGUAGCUGGAGAAUGCCAUCGAUCAAUAUGCUCGCACUUCGUUUCAACGACCUGAAGCACUUUGCCAUCGGUCACUUCCCCACACUAGAGUAUGCUACCUUGCAAGGCAAUCCGCUAAACUGUGCAUGGAGGGAUAGUUUUCUUAAGCUCAAUUUGAAUAAACAGUGGCCAGCAAUGAAUAGACUUUCUUGUGAUAAUAGAAGUCAAGGGAACUUUACACUGCACUGCCCUUCGACCCUAGAUGAACUGCGACAGCAGAAUUCCGGAUUACAGCUCGAGCUGAACAAAUUAAGAGAGCACAUUUCCAGCAGUCAAAGAUUAGCUGGUUUAACUAAGUACCGGCAGAAACUUUAAUGCAGAUUUCGGAGAUAGAUAUUGAAGCUGCAUUACAGAAAGUGGAAUCCAGAACCAUUGAGCAGCACAAAGAAGAAAACAUUAUUACAGAAACAUUGCACUGGAUUAGAGUCGAAAGGGUUUUCAAAGCAAGAGAGGACAACUAAUCAUCAUUGUAUUCUUUUUUACUUGUAAAAUCUAUUUAUAAUUAAAUAUUCUUGCAGCUUUGAAGCUGCACAGUUUGGCAACUAAAAGAUUGUGUUUUUCUUCUCACUUGCGCCAACAAUGUAUAUGGGGAAAAGUAUAGAACAACGUUACGCUCUAUCUUGUUCUAUUCUCAGUCAUGGACCCUUAAAAUGUUUACAUCAGUGCUCAAGUGAUAGCGCAAAGGACCGGCACUAUUG